UACUGACAACUCAUUGGCACUUCUGCUACACUGAAGCUACCGAUUCUAAAUGAACCGCAAGCAGUACGUAAAUGAUUGUUUGAUCAUGUUUGUGCAUAGUAAUUAUUUGUAAGUAGGUAUGCAUGGUCAUUAGAUAACAACAAUGUUGCAAAUAACCAUUAUUUUAAUUAUUCAUUAAAACAUUUUUCUUCACAAUUAGAUAGAUAGCAACAAAGUAAUAAAUAAGGUAUUUUUACAAUAAUUGGAUUCUAAUUAUAUAUAUGCAAAAUUAUUCAUUAAAACAUUUUUCUUGUCAAUUAGAUAGAUAGCAACAAAGUAAUAAAAUAAGGUAUUUCACAAUAAUUGGAUCCUAAUUAUUUUAAAAUAAGUGGAAUUGCAUAGAUAUGCUUAAACAAAAAAACAAUUUGUAAUUAAUGACCAUUAGAUAACAACAAUGUCACAAACACCAAUUAUUUUAAUUAUUCAUUAAAACAUUUUCUUGCAAUGCACUUAUUAGAAAAAAAUAUGUAAUAUAAUUGCUUUGUUUUCCAAUAAGUGCAUCUCAUUAAAAAUGUUUUAUGUAGUAUUUUAGUAGGUAAUAGAUAAAAUUUUGAUAUAUAUAUAUAUAUACAGGUGCCUGCAAACGGAUAUGAUAUUAUACCAAUAACAGGUUGAAAUAAGUACUAAGUGAGUAACAUUUUGUCAUUGUUGGUGUAUUCAUCGUGGUCUCAUUUAUUGUCACUGUUUUAUUUAUUGUUUAUUGUUGUUCUUUUCUAUAUAUAAAAUGUCUGGUGUACCAUGUACAAUUUUGGUAUCCAUAGAAGAUAGAUUAAAUUUCCCCACGAAAAUGGCUCUAGUAGUCAUAAGGCAGCUAUUCAGAUAUGGUUUAAGAAGCAUAUCUCUCCGGAAUGAUAGAAUCUUAAUAGACUUAGUAUAUAACCCAAAGUCCACAACGCUGUCGAGAAAAUUUGGUAACUUACCAGUAAAAUAUAUCCGUAUGCAAAUAAAUGAUUCUAAUGAGAUAGGAUUGUUUGAAAAAGCAAUGAAGAGAUACUACUUUGACUUAGAGGAGGAGACAGAAGCUCUUCCUCCUCCUCCUACUACUACUCCUUCUAUUAAAUCAAUUCAGAAGGAACCUUUAAAGAAAAAAUUGAAGAGGAGAGUAACACAGCAUGUUGAGUCCAUUGAACUUGAUCAAAAUUCACAAGUGUGGUCAUUUGAUGAACACAUUAUAGAUGAUGAUGAUGAUAAAGAAGAUCAUACCAGAAGAGCGACAAUAAGUGAGACCAGAAAUGACUACGGCGACGACGAUGACGAUGACUGCACCACCACAUUGAUACCUCCUACGGAGUAAUUUUGUAUUAAUAUAUAUAUAUAUAUAUAUAU